AAUACAGGUGGGUUGAAACCGCGGGCGUUGUGAAGAAAGAGAGUGAAAGGAAAGCGUACAAGAGAAGAGUCUUCGUCGUCGGUCGGUUGGUGGUGGGACUUUGUUUGCUUCAUUUAUACUUUCUUUCUUUCUUUCUUCUGCUGCAGCGGAUCCGAACUGAACAAAUGAAUCGCCACCACGAUCCCAAUCCCUUCGAUGAAGAAGAAGACGAAAUCGUCAAUCCCUUCUCGAAAGGAGCUGGCGGCGCUGGAAGGCCUGUGGCAUCUAGGCCGUUUAACGUUGAUGCUACGGUCGAUAUUCCUUUGGAUACAGUGAAUGACUCUUCAAAGAAACAGAGAGAGCUCUCUGAUUGGGAAUCUGAGCUUAAGAAGAGAGAAACGGAUAUUAAACGAAGAGAAGAUGCUGUUGCCAAGUCUGGUGUGAAGACUAGCGAUAAAAACUGGCCACCGUUUUUCCCUAUCAUACACCACGACAUUGCUAACGAGAUACCAGUUCAUGCACAGAAACUGCAGUAUCUGGCAUUUGCUAGUUGGUUGGGUAUAGUUUUGUGUCUCGUGUUCAACGUCAUUGCUGUGAUAGUCUGCUGGAUUAAAGGCGGAGGUGUCAAAAUCUUUUUUCUUGCCACGAUCUAUGCGCUGCUUGGAUGUCCAAUUUCAUAUCUGUUAUGGUACAGGCCUCUCUACCGAGCAAUGAGGACUGACAGCGCUCUGAAGUUCGGUUGGUUUUUCUUCUUCUACCUGAUUCACAUUGGGUUCUGCAUAUUUGCCGCCAUUGCUCCUCCGAUCAUUUUCCGUGGACAAUCAUUUACGGGUGUGCUGGCAGCAAUUGAUGUAAUCAGAGACAGUUUACUAGCCGGGAUCUUCUACUUUGUCGGCUGUGGUCUGUUCUGCUUGGAGUCGCUUCUCAGUCUCUGGGUUCUCCAGAAAAUAUACAUCUACUUCAGGGGAAACAAGUAAACAAUGCAUAUACUAGAGCAAAUACCUACUCCUACAAUACCGCCCUCUUAGAUGGUUUGAUUAUAGUACUAUACUAUCUUGCAACUACUGUAAUUACCAUUUGUGCACUUGUCUGCAAUAUUACUCUGUUGUGUUUUUUUGUACUAUGUGGUGCUGUGUUCUUUGGUUAGUAGUGGCAGUGGCAUAAGACAUACUCUCUGUUAUGUUAUUACGUUGAGUAUUGAAAUUUUUUGGGUUUGCAAAA